GCAAACGGUUUUUGGCCCAAAACAUGAACACCACUUUUAUGAUUUCCCAUAUAUUUUUACUUUUAAAUACAGCGCAGUUGACUGACUUGCAUAACUCCAUCACUUACUUUUUUGCAUAGGCACAUAUCAUUAUAUUAUUACAGUAUCUCCCGUAUUCGUUUGAACAUGGCCGUUACCAGUCGUCAACGCGAAGGAUUCACUAUGCCCGAGCUCGAGUACGUAGCGCAGUGCGAGAGCGUGACAAUCGUGCCUCUUCACCGCAUGGACCGCCUGGAGCUUGUCAGAGGCACAGUCGGUCCAUUUAGACCCCCACAAAAGACCAAAGUGCCGCUUUGGCUGGCCGUAAUGCUCAAGCGCACAAACCGAUGCCGCAUAGUAGCCCCCACCUGGCUCAGCUUCGAGCAUCUCCGCGAUCUCUGCAAGCGCGAAGAACAGCCCGACUCGCUCUUCACCCGUCUGCCCUUCCACUACCUCGAAAUAGCACACAUUAUCCUGACCUACGCCGAGGACGACCUCGUGGACUCGCAGGGGAUCCGCAGACUACUGCAGGAUUUGCGCGAGGUGAGGCAAAGCAAGACGCGUGGUGGUAUGGAGAUGCUUAAUCCGCUUCAGUUGCAGAUGGACAAUUUGUCUGCGGCCGAAAUUAAUGAGAUACGGCCACUCUUUAGGCAUUCGUUCGAUAUGUUGCGCCAGUUGGAUCUUUUGGCGUCAGCGACAGAGGAUUCGAGGCAGCAGCAGCAGCAGAGUCAGUUUGGGGAACUGUCCUAUUCAGAGAUGGACAAUGUUAUGGGGUCCAGCUAUCCGCUGUAGCAUUUCAUUUUUUUUGCAUAAUCGAGCAUGGCUCCCUGAUCCUUGUGCCACAUGCCAAGCAAGAAAUUGAGCAAAUAUUGCUUUUUUACGAUUUUUUGAGAAAGAUGUUUUAAUAAAUAAAAUAUGAGCAGAGCUGCUUGCUACGAUUCAU